GGACAAAGAAGAAGAGUUCAGGAAGUUCAGGUGAGCAGCAGGAGCAUAGAUACGAACGAGAGUAGACGCUGGGGCCGCCAUCCUGGUCCGGUCAUCCGCUCCACUCAGCGCUGUUUGACAGCGCAUUUAAUCCAUCUUAACUCUGAAUAUUAAACUGAUUUUCACGCGUUUUUUAUUUUUAUUUUUUUUGCUGCAAACGUCAUACAUGUAGCUAUGAUACAGGACAAAUGGUUCCGCGUAUUUUAAUAUUCAUAGCGGGAUUAACAGUAAUAGAAUAUUCUGAUAUUAAGCUCGACUGUAUGGAUAUGAAGAGCUAUGUGAAGAGCAGCAUAGAUAUGCAGAGCAGGAGGUUCUAAGAAAACCGGAAGUGGUCCUUCAGCAGAUCCACGGAACCUAGACACGUUUCAGAGCCUCCGACUGGAGGAAGCGGUGGUUCCGACGUUUGUGGAUGUUUGCUGAGAGACGGGUGCUGGCGGAGCUCCACCCGGUACCGGAGCUCCACCCGGUACCGGAGCUCCGGCAGCUCCCGGUAACUCCCAUCAGAAGUCCGGUAGCAGAACUAGCAGCUGCAGCAGGAUUCAUACUUUGAUUAAAUUUGUAGAUUGAUAGAUUUAUUGAUUAGUUUACAUUCAUUUUUAGACCGACAGCCCGUCACUGAUCUGCCAACUCUGCUCUCCGGUUCUGCUGCCGGUAAUUCUUCCGUUACCGGCAGAAUUAAAUCAGCUUAAUGUUUAGAAUCGGUUUAAAAUGGUUACUUAGCAUCUUCAGAGCCUCAGACGGAGCAGCCUGACGCAUGCGCAGCUGUUGACACGAGGAGCGUUACCCGUCUCCAUGGUAACGGCGUGUUGUGAUCAGACAUGACGGAGCAGAAAGUCCAGACCUGCGACAGGACGGAUCCAGAGUCCGGAUGUUUUCAUGGAUACAGUCAGAGAAGAAGUCACCUCCUGUACCGGACCACCAACCAGACCUACGGCAGCAGCACACCUGGAGCUCACCUCACACAGGUGCAGAGCAGAGGAACGUCCCGUCAGUUCUCAGAGACCCUACUUCAGAGCGGGAUGUAUCGGGAUCACGGCUUCAACACAUCCAUGGACAAGAGCAGAGUGACGGUUUCCACGUCAACCCAGCACAAGAGAGCCAGUCUCCAUCAUUUACGUCACCAUGGAAACCAAAGUAGCGACCACGAUGGGAACCAGUAGAGAGAACGCUGAAAUCCAAACAAGUCAAUGAGAAAAUAAAAGUUUCCUGGUAGAAAUCAGAGACUUGAAAAGCAUCAGAGCUGAAAGAAUCAAACAUUUAAACAUUUAACUCCAGUCAACAUCUUCAUAUGAUGAAACUAUGAUCCAAUAAAAUCCUUGUCUCACA